ACAUUAACUCGGGAGAAGUCUCCGAUAUACCAUCAUCUCCAUAUUUGAUAUUUUCAAGCAAUGGGAUCGGAGUCCGAAACCGUUUGUGUGACCGGAGCCUCCGGUUUCGUCGGGUCAUGGCUCGUCAUGAGACUCUUAGAGCGUGGCUACACUGUUCGAGCCACCGUGCGAGACCCUACUAACGCGAAGAAGGUGAAGCAUCUGCUAGACUUGCCGAAGGCGGCGACUCACUUGACGCUGUGGAAGGCGGACCUGGCGGACGAGGGAAGCUUCGACGAAGCCAUCAAGGGAUGCACCGGAGUGUUCCAUGUCGCCACACCUAUGGAUUUUGAGUCCAAGGACCCUGAGACUGAAGUGAUAAAGCCAACAAUAAAUGGGGUAUUAGACAUCAUGAAAGCAUGUCUUAAAGCAAAGACUGUUAGAAGGCUGGUGUUUACAGCUUCAGCUGGAUCUGUCAAUGUUGAAGAGGUCCAAAAGCCGGCCUACAACGAAAGCAACUGGAGUGAUGUCGAAUUCUGCCGGAGAGUAAAGAUGACUGGCUGGAUGUACUUUGUAUCAAAAACUCUAGCUGAACAGGCCGCGUGGGAGUUUGCCAAGCAAAAUAAUAUUGAUUUCAUUACCAUCAUACCGACUCUUGUAAUCGGGCCAUUUCUGAUGCCUGCUAUGCCGCCGAGCCUCAUUACCGGACUUUCGCCACUCAUGGGCAAUGAAGGUCAUUAUUCGAUCAUAAAGCAAGGCCAGUUCGUGCAUCUAGACGACCUUUGCCAAUCUCACAUAUACUUGUAUGAGAAUCCGAAAGCAGAGGGUCGUUACAUUUGCUCGUCACACGAUGCUACGAUUCAUGAAAUCGCAAAGCUGCUAAAGGAAAAGUAUCCCGAAUACAAUGUUCCUACAAAGUUCAAGGGCAUUGAAGAUUACUUGACAAAGGUCCAUUUUUCUUCAAAGAAAUUGUUGGAAACAGGGUUUGAGUUCAAGUACAGCUUGGAGGACAUGUUUGUAGGAGCAGUUGAAGCUUGUAAAGCAAAGGGUUUGCUUCCACCUCCUCCUGAAAGAGUUGAGAAGCAGGAGGCUGGUGAUAACACUGUUGUCCAUGUCAAAGUCACUGGCUAACUAUUUUACCAGUGUUGGUUACAUUAUCUAUUGGCCUAAUUAAUCUAUCUUUUGUUGAGAACUUCAAAUAAACUGCUGUUUGAGAAUUACAA